AAGGGCGAGGAGGUGCGCAUGCUUGAAGGUAGGAAGCGGAAGCCCGGAUUUCCGGCUGGCGCCUGAGGGUGCGGGUUCCUGGCUUCCGGGUGGGCGUGAGGGGCCGGCGACCUAGUGGCCGGCUGGGCGGCCGGAGGACGGGACCAUGGAGAAGCUGCGGCGCGUCCUGAGCGGCCAGGACGACGAGGAGCAAGGCCUGACGACGCAGGUCCUGGACGCCUCGUCCCUGAGUUUCAACACCAGAUUGAAGUGGUUUGUCAUAUGCUUUGUUGCUGGCAUUUUCUUUUCAAUCCUUGGAACUGGGUUGCUGUGGCUUCCCAAUGGCAUAAAACUCUUUGCAGUGUUUUACACCCUUGGAAACCUUGCUGCGUUGGCCAGCACAUGCUUUCUAAUGGGUCCUGUGAAGCAGCUGAAGAAAAUGUUUGAAACAACAAGGUUGCUUGCAACAGUUAUGAUGCUUUUGUGCCUCGUGUUUACCCUGUGUGCUGCUCUGUGGUGGCGGAAGAAGGGGCUGGCCUUGCUCUUCUGCAUAUUGCAGUUCCUGUCGAUGACCUGGUAAGUGUCCUUACACCUGCUACAGAGGAAACAGACUGCAGUGCCAGGAACAGCCAUUGGAUCUGGAG